AUGAGCGGAAGGCCCCCGAGACAACGCGAGUCCGAUACAUGGCGGUAUUUCCUGCCUCAGCACCCCGAUAUAGAGAAUGAUGUUCAGCGCGAGUCCCAGAACGGUGGUCCCAGUAGUGAAGCAUCUGGAUCAGGCUCACGGCGUCUACAUAACCCAGCAGCACCCAAAACCUUCCAGCCUGGGGAUUUCCUGAAUGGUUCGGACGGACAAAACGCGUCGGGCAACCCUAACGUUUCCCUUCCUUCCAUGCACGCCUCACCUACCGAGGGGACACCCAGAGUCAACGAAGCUGUCCAAAUGAGCCAGCAUUACGACCCGAAGGAGGAAUGGCAAAAUAAUGAGCUCGACUACAGACCGAUUCCAGCGCACUACCGUCCAGGGUGGUACUAUUGCCCUGCGUGCAAGGCUGAAAAACUCGCGGAGGAAUUUGCGAAUCCAUAUGGCGGCCGUAUGGGUCCAUCUUGCGCGUCCUGCGUUCACCACCAUAGGUCCGUGAAGGCACCUAAAGGUGAAACAUACAUCGUCUGCGGCGUAUGCAGACGUUGCCUCCCGGUAUCUGAGUUCGCGUUCGAGAACAAGAAGAAAAAAAUAUACUAUGGGGGUUGCGAGCCCUGCAGAAACGGAAAAAGAAGCCCGGUUGAUCAACGGGUUCAGCUGGUUUCUGCGGUGUUCCGUGAUCGGGACUGGCUACCUGCGAAUAAUGGGGCAUCUUAA